AUGUUUCGGAAUAAAAGGCACAAGGACGCGUACGAUCUCUACGAUUUCUUCUUCAACAAGCAUAAGCUUAUACCCACCAACCGCUGCUGCAACUGCAUCAUCGAGUCUCGUUUCCAACAAGGUCUUGUUGACGAAGCUCUUGAUUUCCACCGAUCCAUCAAAUACCGCGGCUACCCAAACGACGAUACUCUCAGGGCCAAUCUUGUCUUGGACGAGUUCAAACGGGCUUGGUCUGCUUUUGCACUUUCCUCCUCCUGGCAUAAACCUGAUUCUCUCUCUUUAGAAUAUGAACAAAGACUGGCUCUCCUCAUGGCGACAUUCAUGGAGUACUGGUUCAAGCAAGGUAAAGAGAUGGAAGCUAUGAAGUGCUACGAGCCUUGUGUUGGGGUAGCAAACAACAACCUCCCGCCGGACACUGGCAACGCCCUUUUGAAAAUCUUGCUCAAGUACUGUAAAAAAACUCAUGCUUGGGCUCUGUACCAUGACAUGUUUGAUCAAAGUCAAAGUGGGAUAAGUAGCCGACCCUUAGACUCUGGCACGGUUAAGAUUAUGGUGGGCGAGUGUUUUGAUAUGGGUCGUUGUAGCCAGGCAAUCGAUACCUACAACAAGGCCAGAGCCAAGAACAACUUCUUAGACGACAGAUAA